UCGCUGCGGCCACAGCUCGAGCACAGCUCCCACCUUCACGCCGUCGCCGCGACACCCGCCACAAAAAUGCCGUCCGUCGCGAACCUGAGCCUGCCCGGCACGGCGCUGCCGGGCGCCGUCACCGUCACCAUUGCGGAUGGCGACGCCUUGAAGAAGCAAAUAGCGCAGUACGUCGCGACCAUAGCGAAGGCCUGCACGAAGGAUCGGUUCGUGGUGGCGCUGUCGGGCGGUAGCAUGCCCAAACUGCUCACUGGCCUUUUGGAUUUGGACGUGGACUGGUCGAAGUGGGACGUCUUCUUCGCCGACGAACGAUGCGUGCCCCUGGUAUCGAAUGAUAGCAACUACAAGGCCUGUGAGGAUCACUUGUUCUCGAAAAUCAAAGGCGAGAAACCAACCAUUCACACGCUAGACACGUCCCUCUCACCAGCGCAAGCGGCAGAAAAGUACGGCGACGAACUUAAUAGUGUAGGAAGGCGCUUCGACCUCUGUCUGCUGGGUAUGGGGCCGGACGGGCACACCGCGUCCUUAUUUCCGGAGCAUGAUUUGUUCCGGAAGCCCGACGGUAGUGUCGCGCGCUGCAUCCUCGACUCGCCGAAGCCGCCUUCGGAACGGGUGACGUUCACGCUGUCGACGCUGCAGAAUUCGGUCCGGGUCUGCUUCGUGGCGACAGGAGACUCGAAGACUCCUGUGUUGAAAGAGAUUUUGGCAAGGAAGGAGGGCAAGCUGGACUACGCCUACCCUGUUCCUCCAUAUCCGGCCGCCUGGGUGCGGUCGGCGGACGGGGGCGCGCAGUGGUUUUUGGACUCGGCGGCGGGCGGGGGGCUCUAA